CAUUAGGUCAAAAUAACGUUAAACCGUUCAACAUCAACGGUUGCGAUCAUUAGACGUUCUUGUCGCCGCGAGAGAAUGGCGACACGGGAUCCGCAGCUGAAAACUAACAUGAAACGAGCUCCGUUACUCGGUCGGCGUUAGUUUUCCCGGAGCUCGGUGUUGGCGGCGGGUCGAUGAUCCGAGGAAGCCGCGACAGAGGACGGUUCAGGUGGCGAUUUCAAGGAGACUGCUGCGAUGCUACGUAGGCAUCUGGAAGAAGAAAAGGGCUUUUCUAGUAAGAGGCAAAGUGUGUGAGCCCCCCCUUUUUUAAUUUAAAAAUUUAUUUGUCUUUAUUAAGACAUGGGAACUUAUACAACCCCAAUUAGUUUUGUUUAAAUGAUUUUUUCUUGAUUAAAUCGGUCCACGUACGCUGUUUUGGACAGUCUAAACGAGUAGCUGGUGAAGUUUUGGGGAAUGGCAGGUCGAAGUCGAAGAGCAUGGUUUAGUGUUCUCCUGGGGCUGGUUGUCGGGUUCACUCUGGCUUCCAGACUGAUUUUACCAAAAGCCACCGAGCUGAAGAAAGCGGGACAAAAGCGGAAAGCAAACCCUGCCGUCUGUGGGUUGAACGGGGGGCUCAGACAGGAGUACGGCGGAGUUCUGUGGGCAUCGCAGGACAACGGUUCACCGGCGACCGAGAAGCCUGGCUCCAGGUCCAACAGCUUCCUUUUCGUCGGUGUCAUGACCGCCCAGAAGUACCUGAACAACCGAGCCGUGGCAGCACACAGGACGUGGGCACAGACCAUUCCAGGUCGUGUGGAAUUCUUCUCCAGUGAGGGCUCCGACACCUCCAUCCCAAUCCCCAUCGUGGCUCUGAGGAAUGUGGAUGAUUCAUACCCGCCCCAGAAGAAGUCAUUUAUGAUGCUCAAGUACAUGCACGACCAUUACCUGGACAAGUACGAGUGGUUCAUGAGGGCAGACGACGAUGUGUACAUAAAGAGUGAGAAGCUGGAGAGCUUCCUGAGGAGCCUCAACAGCAGUGAGGCCAUCUUCCUCGGCCAAACGGGAAUGGGGGCCCGGGAUGAGCUUGGGAAACUGGCUCUGGAGCCUGGAGAAAACUUCUGCAUGGGGGGCCCGGGCGUCAUCAUGAGCCGCGAGGUCCUCAAGAGGAUGGUGCCUCACAUUCGAGAGUGUUUACAGGAGAUGUACACCACCCAUGAGGACGUGGAGGUGGGCCGAUGUGUCAGGAGAUUUGCUGGGGUCCAGUGUGUCUGGUCCUAUGAGAUGCAGCAGCUCUUCUACGAGAACUAUGAACCAAAUAAGAAGGGCUACAUCCGAGAGCUCCACAACAGUAAGAUCCACAGGGCCAUCACGCUGCACCCCAACAAGAACCCCCCCUACCAGUACCGCCUGCACAGCUACAUGCUCAGCCGGAAGAUCGCAGACCUGCGCCACAGAACCAUCCAGCUGCACCGGGAGAUCGUCCAGAUGGGUCGCUAUGGAGCAGCCGAGCCCAGCCGGGAGGACCUCCAGCUCGGCAUGCCCCCUUCCUUUAUGCGCUUCCAUCCUCACCAGAGGGAGGAUGUUCUGGAGUGGGAGUUUCUGACAGGGAAGUACCUGUUCUCCUCAUCCGACAGCCAGCCGCCCCGCCGGGGAAUGGACUCUUCCCAGAGGCAGGCUCUCGAUGACAUCAUCAUGCAGGUGAUGGAGAUGAUUAACGCCAACGCCAAGACUCGAGGCAGGGUCAUCGAUUUCAAAGAAAUCCAGUACGGCUACCGGAGGGUGAACCCAUUAUACGGGGCGGAGUACGUCCUGGAUCUGCUGCUCCUCUACAAGAAGCACAAAGGAAAGACCAUGACAGUUCCGGUGAGGAGACACGCCUACCUCCAGCAGACCUUCAGCCAGAUCCAGUUCAGAGAGGAGGAGGAGAUGGACGCCAGAGCAUUAGCCAGCCACAUCAACAAGGAGUCAGACUCCCUGUCCUUCCUGUCCAACUCCCUCAAGAUGCUGGUCCCCUUCAAACUCUCCAGUUCUGGGCCGGACCAGAGGGAACCGAAGGAGGACAGAGUCAACAUCCUGGUACCGCUGUCAGGGCGCUACGACAUAUUCAUACGCUUCAUGGCGAACUUCGAGCGAGUGUGUUUGAUCCCCAACCUGAACGUUAAGCUGCUGAUCCUGCUUUUCAGCACGGACAAUAACACGGAGCGGGUGAAGCAGGUGGAGCUGAUGAGGGAGUACCACCUCAAGUAUCCUCGCGUUGACAUGGAGAUCAAGUCCGUUGCCGGCUCCUUCUCCAGAGCUCUGGCUCUGGAAAUGGGCUCCCUACACUUCUCCAACGACUCCCUGCUCUUCUACUGUGACGUGGACCUGCUCUUCUCCAGCGACUUCCUCAAACGAUGUCGAACCAAUGCCGCCCUGGGGGAGCAGGCCUACUUCCCCAUCAUCUUCAGCCAGUACGACCCCAAGAUCGUGUUCGCUGGGAAGGUCCUGAGUAACAACCACUACGUCUUCACCUCCAAGACGGGCUUGUGGCGGACCUACGGUUUUGGGAUUGUGUGUGUCUACAAGGGGGACUUGGUCCGGGCCGGAGGCUUCGAUACCUCCAUACAGGGGUGGGGGCUGGAGGACGUUGAUCUGUACAAUAAAUUUGUCCAAUCAGGGAUCAAGUUGUUCAGGAGUACAGACACUGGGAUAGUGCACGUCCACCACCCGGUCAUAUGCGACCCCAACCUGGAGGCCAAGCAGUACAAGAUGUGUCUGGGCUCCAAAGCGUCGUCGUACGGCUCCACCCAGCAGCUGGCCGAGCUCUGGCUGGAGAAGAACGACCACGGCUUCCGGAGGCUGGCCAGCAACAACGGCUCGGUCAGGACAGCAUGACGACACGCCGAGCCCACGGUCGGGAACGCUUCACCCCCUCCUCUCAGCGGGGGCUCCACGCUUUAUUUAUUUUUUACAGAAAUGUCAGAUUUCACUUUGAUCUGUUUGUCUUUUUAAAGAAAAUACACAAAAAUGCCAUAAAUUCGUCAGCCUGGCCUCCUGAAGAACAGCUUCUAAUGGGUUUUCUCCAUAAACCAGCCUGUCAGCAUCCAGUAGAGAGGAGGAGGAGGAGGAGGAAGGACUCAGUUUGGGGCGGGAAACCUUGGACAGAAACCAUCCGAGCUCGGGUGUGAAUGUUUACAGACGGCUGAUCCCGACCGUGAAUGAAACGAGGAAUCAUUUUCUUUCCGGUGUUUUAUUCCUCUUUGCUUUUCUGGGUUUGGUAAAAUGAUGUAACAUCUUUUAAGUGUUUUUUCCUUUUUAUAUUUUCUGUAUUUUCUGUUUCUGUGAACCCAACUGCUGGAUUUGAUAUCUGCCAUUUCUAUUUGCUGUCUAAUUUAUUGACAUUUGCAGGUUUUCUACUCUGGCGUUUGGACAGAUUGUAACCCUGCCAGUAGUUGUGAAAUAGCUUUUUUUUUUCUGGUUCCUUUUUUAAACUCAUCACCAAAGAGUUUUGCACAGAGUCUGUUUUAGGCGUCACGUUGCCUGUGUGUGAAUGUGUGAGUGUUGGUGUGUGUGGCAUGAAGCUGGCCGCUGCUCUGAUUGUCCCAGCCUUUUGGUUGGUGAAGUGGGGACCGGCUCAUUGAAAUGGAAGCAGAUCUCUGAUUGGCCGGUUUCUGGUUUCUGUUUCUUUCUAUAAAUCACUCCUUUGUUGAAAUAAAGUGUUUUGUCUCAUUGGA